AUGGCACUGGACGACACCGAGGCGCAGAAGCAAAUCCAGCAGAUGGUGAACUUCAUCCUUAACGAGGCCAAGGACAAGGCACACGAAAUCGAGGCCAAGGCGUUGGAAGAUUUCAACAUAGAGAAGCUUCGCAUUGUCCAAAAAAUGAAAGAAAAAAUUCGACUGGAAUUCCAGAAGAAAUCCAAACAAAUGGAAAUUAAAAGAUCGAUCAGUCGCUCCUCGGCUAUAAACAAAGCUCGUUUAAAAAAAAUGUGUGCGAAAGAUCAAGUCUUUAAGGAGAUUUAUAAAAUAAGCAGCGAACGACUGGGAGAAUUGUACAAGGAUAGGGACAAAUACAGAAAUCUGAUUAUCGACCUGAUUGUACAGUCACUGUUCUACAUGCAGGAGCCCCAUGUCAUCGUCCGAUGCAGAGAUGUCGAUAAAUCCAUCGUAGAAAACUGCCUCAAUGAUGCUAUACAAAAGUACAACGACAAAUUGAAGAAGCAGUUUAACGUUACUAAGAGUGUUAAAAUUGAAAUCGACAAGAGUGGCAACUAUUUGCCUCCCCCUCCCUCUAGUGAGAAUGAGGGGAAGUCUUGCCUUGGAGGAAUCAUCCUCACCACUCCUAAUAGGAAAAUAAAUUGCGAUAACACUUUGGACGUUCGCCUCAAACUCGCCAUCGAGUACUGCACGCCGGAAAUUAAACGCAUGUUUUUUGAGACGCUCUGA